UCCUCUGGUCUCUGUGGACCUGGGGGUGGAAGGGACGGGGGCGGCGAUGGUCCACGAAGGGUCAGGGUCCGCGGGCCUCGCAGGUCGUACCCCGUGGGCCGGCGAUCAGAUGACCCAGGUCUGGACGGCUAAGAUCCCCAGCCUCCCGGGGGACCCUGUUCUAGGCGGGAUGGCUGAGCAAGCGGCGCUAGGACCCCCGGGCAGAGCCUGGAGGAAGGGAAUCUCGGAAAUACCUUACCCCGCGGUCACCUUCUGAUCCCGCCGCCCAAAAUAGCCCCUGGCGCCCGCUGGCCUGCCUCAUGGCCGAGAGAUGGCUGCUGUGUCCCACCCCGCGGAAUUGGGUGCGCCCCGGGGACCCGCGCGCCCCGAGCCACCUCGCACCCGCUUCCACCGGGUGCACGGUGCCAACAUCCGCGUGGACCCCUCCGGGACGCGGGCCACACGCGUGGAGAGCUUCGCCCACGGCGUGUGCUUCAGUCGCGAGCCGCUGGCCCCGGGCCAGGUAUUCCUGGUAGAGAUCGAGGAGAAAGAGCUGGGCUGGUGUGGGCACAUGCGCCUCGGCCUGACUGCGCUAGACCCCGCUAGUCUGGCCGCCGUGCCCGAGUUUUCACUCCCCGACCUGGUCAGCCUGGGCCACACCUGGGUCUUCGCCAUCACGCGCCAUCACAACCGCGUGCCCCGAGAGGGCCGCCCGGAGGCAGAGGCAGCGGCCCCCAGCCGACCCCCAGCCCUUCUAGUGGAACCGUAUCUGUGCAUUGAGCAGUUUCGAAUCCCCCGCGAUCGCCUGGUGGGCCGCAGCAGGCCGGGGCUCUACAGCCACCUCUUGGACCAGCUCUAUGAGCUAAACGUGCUGCCUCCGACUGCGCGCCGCAGCCGCCUGGGCGUUCUCUUCUGCCCGCGCCCGGAUGGCACGGCCGACAUGCACAUCAUCAUCAACGGCGAGGACAUGGGCCCCAGCGCCCGGGGGCUGCCAGCCACCCAGCCCCUCUACGCAGUGGUGGACGUGUUUGCCUCCACCAAGAGCGUGCGCCUGGUCCAGCUGGAGUAUGGCUUGCCGUCCCUGCAGACUCUGUGCUGCCUGGUGAUCCAGAGGAGCGUGGUGCACCGGUUGGCCAUUGAUGGACUCCACCUGCCCAAAGGACUUAAGGAUUUCUGCAAGCAUGAGUGAUGGCCUGCAGCCAACCUGGAGCAGGGCCACAGGAGUGCGUCCUGGCCCCAGGGCUGUGGCUGGUCUGAAGCUGGCCACGCUGCUGCCAGCCAGGACCAGAAAUAAACACAGCCGAUGCUGACACUGA